CCCCCAUUUGAUGGUGAGGACGAGGACGAGCUCUUCCAGUCCAUCAUGGAGCACAACGUGUCGUACCCCAAGCAAAUGUCCAAAGAGGCCGUGUCCAUCUGCAAAGGGGUGAGUACGACCUUUGACCCAAAGAACCCUUAGCCCCUAUCAUAAAAAUAGAAUUACUAGAACGGAAAUUCCCAUUGAAGUCAAUAUAAGCCUUCACAUCCUGUCCCCAACCUGGUGGUAGAGAGAGAGAGAGAGAAAGAGAGAACCCCCCGAGAGAAGAAAGGAGGCAGAAUACAGAGAGGAAGGGUCGGGGGAAAAUUUUGGGAAAGAAGACGAAGAAAUGGGGGGAGAGGAGGGUUUCAGUGAAGACCCCAAAGCCGGCCCGGGGUAAAAUCGGAAGGAAGGGGGAUCUUUACCAGGGGAGAAGGAGAAAAGGGCUUUAAAACCGGAAGGGACCACAAGGAAAGAACUUUCCGAGAGGGGUUUAAGGGGGGGGAAAAAGGAUGGGCGGGGGGUUGGGGAGAAGGGGAGAGAAGGGGGGGGGAGAGAGAAGGAGGGGUAGGGGGAAAUAGGGUAGGGAAAAGAGGGGAAAGGGAAGGGGGGGGGGGGGAAAAAAAAGAGGGGGGCUAAAGGGGGGGGAAAAACCCCAAAAAAAAAAAAACCCCCGAAAAAACCCUGGGGGGGCCCUCCGUAAAAAAAUGAACAUCCGGACCAGAUAACCUAUUCCCGGAAAACCAUCAUUGUAAAACAUGAUAACGUUCUGCCAAUUUAGGUAUUGGGAGAAACUUCCAAAUUUUGAAAAAGUGAUGCAAAUUGGCAAAACCCAGCGGGUAAUUUGAGAUAAUGGAUUUCCCCAAGCCCAAUGAUCGAGAAAUGAAUUCACCAACAAAAUAGAGAAAAGGGUCAAGCCCAGCACUGGGGACCAGAGAGAGAGGAGACACCGAGGGAGUGCAGAGAUUGAAGAAGAAGGGGGUAGGGGGAGAGAAUGGGAGAACAAGAGAGGAGGAAGUCCCGAUAGAGGAGUAGAGAAUCGGUGGUGCAGAGGAGAGACUGAGAGGUGGAGGAGAGAGAGAGGAAGAGGAGAGGAGGGGGGGGGAGAGAGGAGGGAGAGGAGAGGGGUGGGGGGGGGUGGAGAGAGAGAGAGAGAGGGGGGGAGGGAGAGAGGAGGUGGUGGGGGGAGAGAGAGGGGGGGGAGAGAGAGGGGGGAGGAGAGAGGGGUGGGGGGGGAGAGAGGAGAGAGGGUGAGGAGAGAGAAGGAGGGGGGAGAGAGUGGAGGAGAGAGAGAGGAGGGGGGAGAGAGAAGAGAGGGAGGGAGAGCGGGGGGGGGAGAGAGCGAGGGGGGGGGAGCGAGAGAGAGAGGGGUGGUGGGGGGGAGAGAGAGGAGGGGGGAGAGCGAGGAGAAGAGGGUGGGGGGGGAGAGAGAGAGGAGGGGGGGGGAGGGAGAGAGGUGGGGGAAAGAGAGAGGGUGGGAGGAGGCGAGAAAAGGGGGGUGGGGGGGAGAGAGGAGAGAUAGGGGGGAGAGAGAGGAGAGAGGGUGGGGGGAGAGAGAGGGGGGGGGGAGAGGAGAGGGGGGAGAGGGGAGAGAGAGGGGGGAGAGAGAGAAGAAGAGAGGGAAAGGGGGGAGGGGGGGGAGAGAGGGGAGAGAGGGGGGGGGGGGGAGCGAGAGGGUGGGGGGGGGGGGUGGGUGGGGAGGGAGUGGGUGGGGGGGUGGGUGGUGAGAGAAGAGGGGGGGGUGGGAGAGAGCGAGAGAGAGUGGGGGGGGGGGAGAGAGAGGAGGGGUGGGUGGGGGGGGAGGGGAGGGGGGGGGGAGAGAGCGAGAGAGCGGGGGGGGGGGUGGGUGGGGAGAGAGAGAGAGAGGGGAGAGAGAGGGGUGGGGAGAGAGAGGGUGGGGUGGGUGGGUGGGGAGGGAGAGAGAGAGAGGGGGGUGGGUGGGUGAGCGGGAGGGAGGGGUGAGGAGGUGUGGGGGGGGGGAAAGAGGGUGGGAGAGAGCGAGAGAGAGGGUGGGUGGGAGAGAGAGAGGGUGGGUGGGAGAGAGGGGAGGGUGGGAGGAGAGCGAGAGAGAGGGUGGGGGUGGGGGUCGAAAAGAGAGAUAGGGUGGGUGGGUGGGGGGGUGGGGAGGGGGAGAGAGAGGAGAGGGGGGGUGGGAGGAGAGAGAUGGUGGGGGGGAGAGAGAGAGAGGGUGGGGAGAGAGAGAGAGAGAGAGAGGGGGGGGGGAGAGCGAGCGAGAGAGAGGGUGGGGGGGUGGGGGAGGAGAGGUGAGAGAUGGUGGGGAGGAGGAGGGUGGGGAGUAGGAAAGAGAGAGAGGGGGGUGUAGAUGGUAGGGAGGAGGGGUGGGGGAGAGGGGGAGGAAAGAGAGGGUGAGAGGAUGGGAGAGAGAGAGGGAGGGUGGGAGGAGAGAGGGAGGGUGGGGGAGAGAGAGGGAGGGUGGGAGAGAGAGGGUGGGAGAGAGAGAGAGAGAGAGAGGGUGGUAGAGAGAGAGAGGGUGGGAAAGAGAGGGAGGGUGGGAGAGAGAGAGAGAGGGGGUGGUAGAGAUAGAGAGGGUGGGAAGAGAGAGAGAGAGAGAGAGAGAGAGAGAGAGAGGGCGGGAGAGAGUAGGAAAGAGAGAGAUGGGGUAGAGAGAGAGGGAAAGAUGGCUCAGAAGGGGAGAAAGGGGUUGGAAAGGGGAGAAGGCAGUUGUUUUGUUGCUGAGAAUUGUCCUGCACAGCAAGAAAUGCAAACGUGUAGUGUAUUCAAGGUUUAAAAAAGCUUCUAAAGUUUGUAAUUUUCACUUUAAAAUGUCAGACUUGAUUUACAUUUUACAUUUUAGUCAUUUAGCAGACGUUCUUAUCCAGAGCGACUUACAGGAGCAAUUAGGGUUAAGUGCCUUGCUCAAGGGUAGAGCAUGUUGUUCAUCAAAGGUAGCAUCAAGUUGGUAGAGCAUGGCGCUUGCAACGUCAGGGUUGUGGGUUCGUUUCCCACAGGGGGCCAGUAUGAAAAAUGUAUGCACUCACUAACUGUAAGUCGCUCUGGAUAAGAGCGUCUGCUAUAAUGACUAAAAUGUAAGGGCACAUCGACAGAUUUUUCACCUAGUCGGCUCGGGGAUUAGAACCAGCGACCUUUCGGUUACUGGCACAACGCUCUUAAUCACUAAGCUACCUGCCGCCCCCUAAGCUACCUGCCGCCCUAACGAAACAUGUAUCAACCCUUACAAAAAAAAAACAUGAAUUAUAAUCCGCAUAAUAAUUCUAAUUUCCUGUUGUUACAGGAUUAUUUUCCUGCUGUAGCAAACUGGCUCAAAUUUAGAUUCUACAUCUGUAGUAUUUAGGUUGCAGCAAAAAUGUCCUACAACAUUUUAUCACAAAUCCCUCUGUCUAUCCCAAAUUACACCCUAUUCCCUUUGUAGUGCACUCCUUUUGACCAGGGCCCAUAGUGGUUAAAAGUAGUGCGCUAAUAGGUUGUGUCCCAUAUCGGACCCUAUCUCUCUGUCGGUGUAAGAGAGUGAGGUCUCUCCAUUGUUUCUGAAGAUGGGGGAUUUGCUUUGAUCCAAUGCUCUGCCUUUGUGGACGGGCCAUCCUCUAAGGCUCGUGUGAAUUAAAGGGCUCGGGGAGGUGUCUGUGCGUCUGUGUGUGCAUGUGUGUGUGUGUUCUAGCAAGGAGAUAACACUGAGAACCUGGUCAUGAUCCCUUAGCUCACCAGCCAUAGACAGACACAGACAGACUGAUUCUCAGACUGCUUUUGGGCCACAAGUUUACAUUUUGACGGUGAAGUCAAGCAAAGCAGACUGGGUUCUGUUUGCAGCAUACAAAGGUUCCCUUUUCACUUUCGUAACGUAUAGGGGAACACCAGGAUCUGUGAACACAACCCUGACAAUUACUUUUUCCUUUUCCCCAGCUGUGACGCACACACGUGUCUAAAUCACAAUUGUGUGGCUGCCACAGACAGACGACAGGUAUAGAUUGGGACUGGCUGGUAUUUUAGGCCUUGUUACAUUGCCCAGCAUGCUUUGCUGUCACCACCACUCUUCGGGCCCCACCGCUGUGUCACUGCAAUUUUGGGAGGGAGGGAGGGAGGGAGGGAGGGAGGGAGGGAGGGAGAGAGGGAGAGAGGGAGGGAGAGAGGGAGAGAGGGAGGAGGGAGAGAGGGAGAGAGGGAGAGAGGGAGAGAGGGAGAGAGGGAGAGAGGAGGGAGAGAGGGAGAGAGAGAGAGAUUUUCUCAGCUUUUCUCAUUACUCUCCCUAGCCUCUUCACACCAGCUAGGAUUACUCACUCACACACACAUUAAAAGACUCAACUCAAAUUCCCUUCAAAAGACUGUGAUAUUAUGACGAAUGGGAGAGAAUAUCAGACCUGUGUUCUGGGUUCAGGAGUUGGAGACAAAAGUGGAGAGAAUUACAGAGAGAGUCAUGGUUUGGUGAGUGAGUGUUGGGCUAAAGGCCUGAGCAAAUGUAGCUUAAGGUUUAUGGAGUUAGAUAAGUAUUUGGAUUUGUUUUAGUCCCCCAUCCUACGCUAUCCUACAGUAUAUGCCACUAUACCCAGAUGCUAUGUUGCUGCAUCCAAACUGAGUUUCAAACUAAAAAUAAAUUGCAAUGGAUAUCACUCUUCCUCCCACGACAGAGACUCUGGUCAAAAGUAGUGCACUACAUAGGGAAUAGGGUGCCAUUUUGGACGAAGUAAUGAAUAUUCUUUCCCUCUUUGCAUUUCAAUGACAACAAAUUAUUAUGUUUUUCUGUUAAGAUAGUGGAGUACUGUACCUGCCAGGCUGGCUAUGCAACCAAUGUCACCCCCUGCUGAUGUAACAUGUGCCCACUGACAGACACACACUCCUAAUGAGCAUUAUGUUCCAAUGCGAGUGGGCAACUUUCUAAUAGGGCUAUCUAAGUCCACGCACGCUGUUGGGAAACUUGAAGAAAGAAAGAAAGAGAGGGAGGGACGAGAGCUAGAAUUCGUGUUCGACUAGGAAAGUACACUGCUGUAAAAUAUAUACAUUUGUUCUAACUCUAUGGCCGUUCCUUCCUUAUCCUUCCCAGCUGAUGACCAAACACCCGUCGAAGCGCCUGGGCUGCGGCUCCGAGGGAGAGAGGGACAUCCAGGAGCACGCCUUCUUCAGACGCAUCGACUGGGAACGCCUCCAGAACCGCGAGAUCCAGCCCCCCUUCAAGCCCAAAGUGGUGAGUCACACACACACACACACACACACACACACACACAUCUAUACACAAAACCUACCCAUGUCUGAUGAGGUGAAAAAAAAUCACAUUGUACAAGUUGUUAUUCGGUGUAGUAUUUAUACCACUUCUUUAAUGCAAAAUGAUUGAAAUGGUGGUGCAAUCCUAGCUUUGUGUUCUUUCAAUGGCACAGUGUGUCACAUCCUGUCUUCAUUGGUAUGUUUGGCCCGUUGUCACACACAGUGGACAUAUACUCCACUGAGGAGUGUGUGUGUUCUAUUUGGUUGCUUACUAUCUGAUGUUAUCUCAGUUUCUCAGUAACAACACCCACACACACAUUUGAAUGAACACAGCCACAUACACACAAACACACAUACACCUGCGAAUGUCCGGCGGCGGUCUGUCACCAUUGUAGUGCCCAGGCAGACUCCCACCUGCUCUGUUGUCAGAUCAGAUUGGGCUGCAUCUGAAUGGUGUCUGUUUGGCAACACUCACAGGUUACAGUCCAGUCCGGUCCAGCACCAUUUGUUUAUCAUGGCAAAGCCCCAGCGGCUAUGGUCUACCAGUCGUCACACUGAACAAAGGAAACCUUUCCUAACGACAAAGCCUCGGCUACAAUACAAUAAAAUAAUACUACUCAUUUUAUUCACAUAUAUACCACAUAUAUUCCUCAUUCACACUCAUUAUGUUUUCAUAUUGUAUGUAUACACUACCAGUCAAAAGUUUGGACACACCUACUCAUUCAAGGGUUUUUCUUUAUUUUUACUAUUUUCUACAUUGUAGAAUAAUAGUGAAGACAUCAAAACUAUGAAAUAGCACAUUUGGAAUCAUGUAAUAACCAAAAAAGUGUUUAACAAAUCAAAAUAUGUUUUAGAUUUUAGAUUCUUCAAAGUAGCCACCCUUUGCCUUGAUGACAGCUUUGCACACUCUUGGCAUUUCUCUCAACCAGCUUCAUGAGGAAUGCUUUUCCAACAGUCUUGAAGGAGUUCCCACAUAUGCUUUUCCUUCACUCUGUGGUCCAACUCAUCCCAAAACAUCUCAAUUGGGUUGAGGUCAGGUGAUUGUGGAGGCCAGGUCAUCUGAUGCAGCACUCCAUCACUCUCCUUCUUGAUCAAAUAGCCCUUACACAGCUUGGAGGUGUGUUUUGGGUCAUUGUCCUGUUGAAAAACAAAUUAUAGUCCCACUAAGCGCAAACCAGAUAGGGAUGGCGUAUCGCUGCAGAAUGCUGUGGUAGCCAUGCUGGUUAAGUGUGCCUUGAAUUCUAAAUAAAUCACAGACAGUGUCACCAGCAAAGCACCAUCACACCUCCUCCUCUAUGCUUCAUGGUGGGACCCACACAUGCAGAGAUCAUCCGUUCACCUACUCUGCAUCUCACAAAGACACGGCAGUUGGAACCAAAAAUCUCCAAUUUGGACUCAUCAGACCAAAGGACAGAUUUCCACCGGUCUAAUGUCCAUUGCUCGUGUUUCUUGGCCCAAGCAAGUCUCUUCUUAUUAUUGGUGUCCUUUAGUAGUGGUUUCUUUGCAGGAAUUCGACCAUGAAGGCCUGAUUCACACAGUCUCCUCUGAACAGUUGAUGUUGAGAUGUGUCUGUUACUUGAACUAUGUAAAGCAUUUAUUUGGGCUGCAAUCUGAGGUGCAGUUAACUCUAAUGAACUUAUCCUCUGCAGCAGAGGUAACUCUGGGUCUUCCUUUCCUGUGGCAGUCCUCAUGAGAGCCAGUUUCAUCAUAGCGCUUGAUGGUUUUUGCGACUGCACUUGAAGAAACUUUCAAAGUUCUUGAAAUGUUCUGUAUUGACUGACCUUCAUGUCUUAAAGUAAUGAUGGACUGUCAUUUCUCUUUGCUUAUUUGAGCUAUUCUUGCCAUGAUAUGGACUUGGUCUUUUACCAAAUAGGGCUAUCUUCUGUAUACCACCCCUACCUUGUCACAACACAACUGAUUGUCUCAAAUGCAUUAAGAAGGAAAGAAAUUCAACAAAUUAACUUUUAACAAGGCACACCUGUUAAUUGAAAUGCAUUCCAGGUGACUACCUCAUGAAACUGGUUGAGAGAAUGCCAAGAGUGUGCAAAGCUGUCAUCAAGGCAAAGGGUGGCUACUUUGAAGAAUCUCCAAUAUAAAAUAUAUUUUGAUUUGUUUCAAGACUUUUUUGGUUACUACAUGAUUCCAUAUGUGUUAUUUCAUAGUUUUGAUGUCUUCACUAUUAUUCUACAAUGUAAAAAAUAGUAAAAAUAAAGAAAAUCCUUGAAUGAGUAGUUGUGUCCAAACUUUUGACUGGUACUGUAUAUUUGUAUAUAUUUCAAGCAGUACUACUAUGUAAGUACACAUCCAGUAUGUGCUUAGGUCUCCCAGCAAUGAGAAUAUUCCCCAGAGACAAACAUGCACAGUUGACUUUCAAAUGUGUAAUUACAAAACAGUAGUUAGAUAGUGGAACAACAGUGUGUGUAAUAACAUCAGUAGUUACGCAUGUGGAAUAACCUUCAAGUUAAUGUGUACUUACACAUUCCUUGUUCCAGUUGUGGAAUAACUGAUACCGCAACAGCCCUAUUACCAUGUAAUUACAUAGUAAACCUAUGUAACUACUAUGUUAACAGUUAUUAAUGUGUUAGUUACAUCGUAAUAGGGGCAACUUAAUAUAAAGUUUUACCCAAACAUCAAACUGAUGCAACUACACUGUAACCGUGGAUGCGUCCCAAAUGGCACCCUAUUCCUUACAUAGUGCUCUACAGUGGGGAGAACAAGUAUUUGAUACACUGCUGAUUUUGCAGGUUUUCCUACUUACAAAGCAUGUAGAGGUCUGUAAUUUUUUGCAUAGGUACACUUCAACUGUGAGAGACGGAAUCUAAAACCAGAAAAUCACAUUGUAUGAUUUUUAAGUAAUUAAUUUGCAUUUUAUUGCAUGACAUAAGUAUUUGAUCACCUUCCAACCAGUAAGAAUUCGGCUCUCACAGACCUGUUCGUUUUCUUAAGAAGCCCUCCUGUUCUCCACUCAUUACCUGUAUUAACUGCACCUGUUUGAACUCGUUACCUGUAUAAAAGACACCUGUCCACACACUCAAUCAAACAGACUCCAACCUCUCCACAAUGUCCAAGACCAAAGAGCUGUGUAAUGACAUCAGGGAUAAAAUUGUAGACCUGCACAAGGCUGGGAUGGGCUGCAGGACAAUAGGCAAGCAGCUUGGUGAGAAGGCAACAACUGUUGGCGCAAUUAUUAGAAAAUGGAAGAAGUUCAAGAUGACGGUCAAUCACCCUCGGUCUGGGGCUCCAUGCAAGAUCUCACCUCGUGGGGCAUCAAUGAUCAUGAGGAAGGUGAGGGAUCAGCCCAGAACUACACGGCAGGACCUGGUCAAUGACCUGAAGAGAGCUGGGACCACAGUCUCAAAGAAAACCAUUAGUAACACACUACGCCGUCAUGGAUUUAAAUCCUGCAGCGCACGCAAGGUCCCCCUGCUCAAGCCAGCGCAUAUCCAGGCCCGUCUGAAGUUUGCCAAUGACCAUCUGGAUGAUCCAGAGGAGGAAUGGGAGAAGGUCAUGUGGUCUGAUGAGACAAAAAUUGAGCUUUUUUGGUCUAAACUCCACUCGCCGUGUUUGGAGGAAGAAGAAGGAUGAGUACAACCCCAAGAACACCAUCCCAACCGUGAAGCUUGGAGGUGGAAACAUCAUUCUUUGGGGAUGCUUUUCUGCAAAGGGGACAGGACGACUGCACCGUAUUGAGGGGAGAAUGGAUGGGGCCAUGUAUCGCGAGAUCUUGGCCAACAACCUCCUUCCCUCAGUAAGAGCAUUGAAGAUGGGUCGUGGCUGGGUCUUCCAGCAUGACAAUGACCCGAAACACACAGCCAGGGCAACUAAGGAGUGGCUCCGUAAGAAGCAUCUCAAGGUCUUGGAGUGGCCUAGCCAGUCUCCAGACCUGAACCCAAUAGAAAAUCUUUGGAGGGAGCUGAAAGUCUGUAUUGCCCAGCGACAGCCCCGAAACCUGAAGGAUCUGGAGAAGGUCUGUAUGGAGGAGUGGGCCAAAAUCCCUGUGCAGUGUGUGCAACCUGGUCAGACUACAGAACUAUAUCUCGUAUGCAACAAGGUUCGUACCAAUAUAAGUCUGCUUUAGAUAAAUAUUGUUGCAAAAAUGCAUUCAUUAUUACAAUAACAAUGUGAUUUCGAUUUUGUUUUAGUCCGUCUCGCACGUUGAGUUAUAAAAUUACGCCUCUAUAUGCUUGUAAGUGGAAAACUGCAGGCAGUGUCUAAAUACUUGUUUCCCCACUGAUAUGGAUAGGUGCAUUUGGAGCAGCUGCAUGUGGACAGGCCACAUUUCUGCAGCAAUGCAGCAGACUAAUUAACUCAUGACCAACCAUCAAACCCUUUCAUAGCCAUCUGUCCUAGCUCUGGUCCAGGGCAUUACGCCCCUUCUUCAACGCCCUGAAUCUUUCCAUUCAUCCAGAUGCAGGGAGUGGAAGAAGGCUCAGCCACACAUAACACCCUGGACCAGAGCCAAACCAUGAUAGAAUGCAGCUUCUCAUUGCCCCCCUUUAAACACAGCCAAAACAACCCUGUAAGCCAUGUUUAAUGACUUAGACCAUGGCAAUGCAUAAUUAACUGAAUAUCCAUGCAUUAUGAAUGUGUAUCUUUAACAUGAGCGGCCUCGCUGUGUUGUUGAAUCUCUGUGUGUAUGCACACACACACACAGACAAACACACACACACACACACACACACAGACAAACACACACACACUUUAUUAUGAAAGUGAUGUAGGUGAAAGGGAAGAAGUAGGUCAUUCGGUGUGCAUGUUCAGGUGUGUGUGUGUGUGUGUGUGUGUCUUCAUUGUCUAUCUAUGCAGCUCACUCACUGUUUCAAACCCCAACGUCUCCAGUGCUUCUCACAAGGUGAGUACUGGCCUCCCACUGUCUCUGUAGUCUCACGCUGGAUUCGAUUUGUGUGUGCGAGUGGACUCAAGUAUGAGUGUGUGUGUGUGUGUGUUUGAAUGCAGGUGUGUGGAUGAAAGGCAAGAGACAAGAUGAAAAGAGAAGGAUAGAUGGAAAAUAAAAAAAUGAUAAAUGGAGAGACCAUUGUGUGUAUGUGCACGGUUGCUUGCUUUGGAUGCGCGCAUAAUGUGCUUUUGCUAUAUUGUCUUUGUGUGGUGAUAGAGAACAAUAAACCUCUACCCCUGACCUAUAAUAACCAUCAUCCAUCUCCAUCCAACUCCACACAGGCACCACUAGGAGUCUAUUACGACCAAAUGGCUGUCAUUAGAUCCAUCCUUACACCUUCAUCCAUCCCUCCAUCCAUCCAUCCCUCCCUCCAUCCCCCCCUGACCUGACCCUGUCACUCUAAUCCUCUUCUCCUUUCAUCCUCUCCUCCUCUUCAGUCCUCUCCUCCUCAAUCACACUUCAUGCCUGUUCUGACAGCGGAGAGAUUGCCAUUUAAUAGCCAGGUACAGCGAGACCCAGAUUAUAAACACUAGAGGAUUUAUCCAUCUAUCAGAAACAGAGCAGGACAGAUAUAAUGCAGGGCAGAAGAACAAGAACACCUGCUACAGUAGUUAGUGCAUUUUCGAAUAAGACUGUAACGUAACAAAAUGUGGAAUACUUUCCGAAUGCACUGUAUUUAGUGAACCACUUGAUAUGUUUUUUUAUGUUUGUAGAGAUGGAAGUGGGUCAAAGUGGCAGGAUAUGGGACUUGCUGAUUAAUAAUGAUGGAAUCACUGUGGUCAGGAAGCUUACUGUAAAACUUCAAUUAAUAGCCAGGGUUUAUUUGCUUAAAUCACUGAACACAACAGGCGCUUAUUGGAGACAAACUUCUAUUUGAGCCAGGCGUCUAUUUCCUUAAUGUGCACAGCAUUUGCUCAAUUGCAUAGUUAAUUGUUUAAUUCCAGCAUUCACUUCCAACAUUUUAAUCAAUUUCUUCAUUUUCUGCACUAAUGUGUUAUCAUUUACACACUGUGUCAUGUUUAUUUUGGCUUAGCAUGCCUCAUUUCCUUGACCGAAUAAUUAUUAUCCUAUUGACUGUGCAUUUUCGGCAGUUCUUACUUUCACCACUAGAGGGCGAGCAGAUGAUUUCUAGGGGUUUGUACUGCCGAAGUUGUUGACUGUUUUUGUGCUUACCAGUUAGCUAGCAGUUCUCAACUGUUAGCAGUCAAUGGUUAGCAGUUUCUUACUGGCGAUAAAAACAGGAUUGACAUUUUUUUCGAGUCAUUACUGAAUUAUUUAAUGUAGCAUAUCAAACAAUAAACCUUGUAAAUAAUUAUUGGUAAUUUAUGGUAACCUUGAAAAUAAUUCAUUUACACCCGGCGUUUAUUUAAAACAGGCGUUUAUUUGCUUAAAUAAACACAUCAAAAUACUGUCUGUACAAACACACCAAUCUACAUUUUGGACUGGCUAUGAGUCAUAUUAGCUUUGAGGUAGAUAAAGGCAGGGAGUCGUGUGAUUUGAUACAGCAUGUCCAACUGCCCCGUCAUAUGUAUGUUUUAGUGCUGGUGAUUUUCUGUGUUCUUUUUGGAUUUUCCCUUCAGAUUCAU